CCUUAUCCUCAUCCUGGUCAUCAGUGUUCUGGGCACGCAAGAUGCCUCGGGUGGAUGCAGACCUCAAGCUGGACUUUAAGGAUGUCCUCUUCAGACCUAAGAGGAGCAGUCUGAAGAGUCGAUCAGAGGUUGACCUUAAGUGGACCUUCACAUUCCGCAACUCCAAACAGACAUACACUGGGAUACCCAUCAUCGCUGCCAACAUGGACACAACAGGAACAUUUGAGAUGGCACAGGUUCUCAGCAAACACACUCUCUUCACAGCCAUUCACAAACACUACUCUGUAGAAGACUGGAAAAACUUUGCUGCUAAUCAUCCAGAAUGCUUAGAGCAUGUAGCUGCCAGCUCAGGCAGCGGGAAUGCAGAUCUGGAGAAGCUCUGUGCUAUUUUGGAUGCCGUCCCUGCCCUGAAGUACAUCUGUCUGGAUGUAGCCAACGGCUACUCUGAAUACUUUGUGGAGUUUGUGAAGACAGUGAGAGAAAAGUUCCCUAAACACACCAUCAUGGCUGGCAAUGUGGUAACAGGAGAGAUGGUGGAGGAGCUCAUCCUGUCUGGAGCUGACAUCAUCAAAGUGGGCAUUGGGCCAGGUUCUGUUUGUACAACGAGGAUCAAGACAGGAGUGGGUUACCCACAACUCAGUGCAGUGAUAGAAUGUGCAGACUCAGCUCAUGGACUUAAAGGACAUAUCAUUUCUGAUGGAGGCUGUAGCUGUCCAGGAGAUGUGGCCAAAGCCUUUGGUGCUGGAGCUGACUUUGUCAUGAUGGGAGGAAUGCUGGCAGGUCAUGACCAGUGCAGUGGAGAGGUCAUUGAGAAAAACGGCAAAAAGUAUAAACUCUUCUACGGCAUGAGCUCUGACACAGCCAUGAAGAAAUAUGUGGGUGGAGUGGCUGAGUACAGAGCAUCUGAAGGGAGGACGGUGGAGGUCCCUUACAGAGGAGAUGUGGACAACACUAUCCGUGAUGUUCUCGGAGGUCUUCGGUCCACAUGCACCUACGUGGGCGCCGCUAAGCUCAAAGAGCUCAGCAGACGGACCACCUUCAUCCGGGUCACACAACAGUCCAGUCACAUGUUCACUUAGAUACAUGCUCACUUAGGAGCUUCAUGUUUUAGGACAUUAUGCUCAUCUGGCCAGAAUAAAAUUAUCCUAAGCCUUAAUCAUAACCAGUCAAUGCCUAACCUUUAACCUAAACCAUAUUCCCAUUUUACCUCUAAACUUUAAGCGCACCGCUAAAGGAGGUGCUGCCUCAUGAGGGCCAGGAGAAAGUCAGUGUUUCUACCAGGAAAGGUCCUUAAAAUGAGUACAUAUGCAAUCAUCCAACCAGAUUCUCUCAGGACUCUACUGUCAGAAGACGUUAGUUUGACUUGAAACAUUCUCCUCCAGGCAUCACAGGGCUGCUUAUUCCUCACUAUGUGCAUUUACAUGCUUUACAGACAUGGCAUGCUCUGAAUUCUUUGUGGAACGUUUUAAUACUGUGCUGUAAGGUACUGGACUAGAAGUAAAAGAGCCAAAGUGCUGAGGCAUGUGCACUUCAAAUCUAAUCUUGAACCUACUGAAUGUACUGUAUUUCUAUAAAACAACAGCAUAUGCAGAAUGUGAGCCAUGUAAUACACAUUGCAUGUAACCAAAGUCAGCAAUAAAGGAGUCUGAAACUCGC